AUGUGCAACUACAUCUAUAAGGAGCUUAGCUGCCAGCACCACUACCACUUGGUGGAAUCAUGGUGUCCCAAGUACAUCGAGACUGAACGUCGGUGUCCGCCCACUAUUGUGAGCAAGCAGUACUGGGGUGACGACAUUUGUGCUGCUUGCCGAGAACGCCAACAACCAAGUCAAUACCCUUGGGCCAAGCUCAUCCAACGUCCCGAGUCACGCAUGUCCUACUCUCCUCAGCUCCGCGCAUAA